AUGCCGAAAAAAAAACUAAGAAGAAAUGAAUUCAUUCAAGAAUUAGAAAAGCAACUACAUAAAUCAGCGAAACAAAAAGAUGAUCGAAAAACGUGCGAUUUGUGUGUAGAACUCGCCGAUGAGUAUCGACGAAUUGGUGGUCUGUACGAAGCAUUAAGUUAUUAUCGGAAGGGUGUGGAGCUUGCUGAAAAAUUGAAAAUUUAUGAAAAUGCCGUUUUUGCCCAUCGAGCCAUCGCGGAAAUUCUCGUCGAUCCAGGUAUCCAGGAGAAUAGUAAGGCUUUAGAACAUGGGAAGAAAUAUUUGGAAGCAGCAAACAAAUCUGGAAAAGUCCACUUCAUCCAACUUGCAUAUCAUGUGAUUGGCUGGCUUCAUCUCCAAAUCUAUCUGAAUUCAAAUGCAAAGCAGGAAUCAUUACUAGAAAAAGCUAAACAAUGGUGUGAAAGAAGUCUUGAUUAUUUAUCAAAACAUGCCCUAGAUAUUGAUUGUGACAAAGAUGCUGUGCAGAUGGGGCAAGAUUCGAGGUCAAGGAAGGCUCGACUACAGCAAGUACUGUCGCAGAUAUGUGAUAAAAUGAAAUUGUCAAGUUUAUCAGUGCGUUAUCACAAUGGAGCGAUGGCUUAUGCAGCGCGUGCAGGUGAUCAUGACUUGCAGUAUCGCUGUUUACUUUCAAAGAUGAAUUUUUCUGGUGAUCAGCGUUUGAAAACUGCUAUUGAGCUGGUUCAUGUAGCCGCCAGUUUAGAUCAGCAAGCAUUAUGUGAAGCAAAAUUCAUAUUAGCUCAGGAGAAAAUUAGAGCGAAGGAUUUUGUUGGUGCAAAAUGGGAUCUCAUUUCAAUGUUAGCUUCCAAAGGACAUGAAAAAUUGGAUGCUGAGGAGCGAAGAUUUUUCUAUCAAAUAUUGAUAACAGUCUACAAAACGAUUGAGCGAUUGAGAGUGCUGGAAAGUGCCGACGAACAGCUUAAGAUGAAGAUCACUGAGAAAAUUGCAGAUAGCUUGUAUGAGGCAGGAUUUUAUGAAAUAUCGCUCGAGUAUUACAAAAAGAUGUUAGUUUAUGCUUGCCAAACGGAAUGUAAAAUUAAAGCUUUGGUGUCUAUAGCAGAAACAGCAAAGGAAUUAGAUCGUUACGAAGAGGCAUUUAAUUGCUUUGUCGAAGUUGAAAGUCUUGAAAACACUUUGAAUAUAAGCGAUGCCAAGAAAGCUGAUACAAGUCUUUGUAUUGCUAAUGCUGCUGCAAAUAUUGAUUCGUUCUCACCGAAGGAAGUUCUGAAAUUUUUCCGGAAAUCGGAAUCCCUUGUUAUUUACAACCGUCAAAAAAGAACUUUGUAUGAAAACAUGUUGGCAUAUGUGAACGACAAUGAUGUAAACAAAGAUUUGCAAGUAGAAAUUGAAGCGAAACUUGAAAAUCUCAAUAAUAAUGCAGAAGACGAUGACGGGGAACCAGAAAGCGAUGAGGGAAAAGAUGAAAACUUCGUUGAUGAAUGGGACGAUUUGAGUGAUACACAAGUUUUGGCUCGUUGUCACGAAGAAGCAAGCCGUCAUAGUAUGGAAGAGCGUAUCCGGUCCGAGAAAGAUAAGAAAAUCAAUUUAUACGGUGAAACACGAAUGCAUGAAGCUGCUCGCGGUAGUGAUACCAUGUAUUUGAAAAUGCUUGUCGAAAUGGGGUACAAUAUAAAUGCUCGCGAUGAAGGUGGCUGGACACCGCUACAUGAAGCUGUUGGAGCGUUAAAAUUUGAAAAUGUUCGAAUUUUGGCUCAACUUGGUGCAAAUCUUAAUUUGCGGUCAAAUGAAGGAACUUUGUCGGCUGAUGGAGAACGAACAGAUAGUGGUGGUCUAACUCCAUUAAUGGAAGCAUGUGAUCGAGGUGCUACAGCAAUCGUUGACUUAUUAUUAAAAUUUGGGGCGAACGUUGCAAUCAAAAAUCGUGAUGACUGGACUGCGCUUGAUUUUUUUCGAAAUGCAAUUAAAGUGGGAAUGGUUGAAGAUGAUGUUAUUGAGGAAGCCAAACGACUUGUAUCAGUCAUGGAAAUGAAGCUAAAAGAAGUGAACAUAGUCGUAAACGCUGAGCCACCGCCGAAAAAGCUCAAAUUAAAUGAUAAAAUAAAAUCAAAGACACAUGCGAAUGCCGUGUCUAGAAAAAUAGUUGAUUCAAAUGUGUCAAAUUUGCAUGAAUAUCGGAAAACGAUGAAUGUUGUGGGACGUGGAGCAACACAUGAUCGAAAAAAUGUUCUACUAGAUGUAUUAGAUACUGAUGAUGCUUCGUUUAAUGAGGGUGAAGGGGAUGAAAUGUGGCAUACAAGACAUUUGCCUCCAGUGGACGACGCACUUAUUGGCAUUGAUGAUUUCACUGAAUUUCCUUCUACUCAUCAAGCUUCAUUGUCCUUUUCAUCCAAUUCCUUGCCUCCGUUAUUAAACAAGCAGCAAAUUGCUAAAACUGAAAAUGCGGAAACUACCGCUCAGGUCAAGCGCAAUUUUUCGACAAAUUUUUCUGACGAAUUGCCAUGUAAUUCUGGUUCUACACCAUUACGUGAAUCUUUUACUACUGCGGAAUCCAGCAGAAAAAGCCGUCUGAGAAUAAAAAGAAAUAUCGAAGAUUCAGAUGAUGAUACGGUGAUCUUAGGCCCAGCAGCACGAAGCAUACAAAGUGGAAGCACUUCAAAUACAGAAUUGCAUCCCUUCGAACCAAUAAAAGAAACUCAACGUUCCAAUAAAAGAAACUCAACGAUUGCUAGUAGUCUACAAGAAUAUAAAAUGCCGUCGUCAUCAUCAUCAUUCUCUGCGCCACCAAGUGUUAAAAAUCAAAUUUUUGUUAAAAUUAUCUUGAUGAAGGACGAUGGUACACAUUUAAAAACCAAAGGAAUGCCUUUUGCAAGUUCCUGCUUCAUAGGCGAUAUCCGGAAACGUUGUGAAGAAGAGCUAAAAGGUGAUGUGGAGUAUACAUCCAUGACAUUAUGUCACGAUGAUUGCGAACUGUCCGAUGAUACACCAAUUGAGUUGGUACUAGCAAAUGAGAAAAUUCUGAAAUGUAUCAUAAACGGUUGCGCAAAACCGUCCGCCGCUCAAAUUUAUGCAAAACGAGCUAGAAGAUUAAUGGCGAAUGUGUUGCAUACUCUUGCGGAAAGUACGAAUGGCUCAUUGGAUUUGCGUGAAAUGAAUAUUGGCCAAGAUGAUGCCGUCUGCGCAGCUGUUGAAAUUUUGCAGUCAAAUUUACUAGAACUUUAUCUAGAUGGCAAUUCACUGUCAACUCCAUUUAUCGAUUUAAUUUCAAAAAUCCUUCGACAUCUCACUUUACUGAACUUACCUUGUUGCGCAUUAAAAAGCAGAUAUCUUCGACAGUUGAUUGGUGAUUAUUCUGUCUGCGAUGCACUGACCAAGCUAGAUUUGAGUUAUAAUAAUCUCGGCGACAAUAGUUCCGAUCAUUUGGUUACUUUCGUCAGCUUGUGUCCUAAUCUUAUAGAUCUUAAACUUGCUUCAUGUAACAUAAACCGAAGCGUUACAGAUUCUUUAAUGCAACAGAUUAAAAAAAUAAUUUCAUUAGAAGUGCUAGAUUUAAGUUUCAACCCAGAAAUCAAUUCAGAUCACGCUUCAGAAAUAAUUCAAGCUUGUAAGAGCUUGAAAUAUUUAGAUCUAUCAUGUACAGCUGUAUCAAAAAUGGAUAAUAUGCCAGAAGUAGAGAGAAAAUUAGAAACCUUGAAAAUAUCCCUCAAUGGCUUGCUUAAUCCGGAUUAUAUAAUGGAAUGGUCAUUCACAUACUGUCCAAAUAUGCUUCUUCUGGAUUUGUCUGCAACAACAGCCACUUCUUCUAUUGUCGGAAUUUGUUUAAAAAUUAAAGCUGAUAAGAUGCCUUUCGCAACAGUUUUGUUGGCUGAUUGCAGUUCGCUCGAAGCGAACCCAGAAGAAAUAGUUCAUAUACUUAAAGCAGACUUGAUUACUAGUAGUACUGUAAGAUUUCAAUUCAGCAAUAAGUUUCGUCGGAAAAUUGAGGAAUUGCUGCCCGAUUCAUAUAAAUUUUGCUUGAAAUGA